GGCUUUUGCAGUACAAACAGGAACUUUCCAAAUUAAACGGAGAGGGAGGGAGUCUCUCUCUCUCUCUUCUGUUCUUCUGGCGGGGAAUCGACCAUGCAUGGCGGUGAGGCAAAGAAACUCCUGGGCUUUCCUCCAAAUUCUCACCCCACGCUUUCCCAGGUUAAGGCAGCUUAUAAACAAAAGGCAUGGGAGACACACCCCGACCGUUUUCCAGCACUCCAAAAGUCCAUGGCAGAAUCAAACUUCAAGUUGAUAUCUGAAGCUUACUCGUCCUUACUGGUUGACCAAAGAUAUUGUUCCCCAGCGCAAGCCUCUUAUGUAAGAGUGGUGAGAACUGGCGUUCCAAGAGGCACUGGCAAAAGCCAUCCUUUCUUGGUCAAGGCGCCAUUUCUAGCUCUGAUGAUGGCAACGGUUUCACUUGGUGGUGCAGUUGCUGCAAGGACAUACCUGAAACAGAGGAAGGAAUUUCCCUCACAGCACCCAUUUCUUCCUUGAUUUCAAAGCAGCAACUUCUUGCCUUUGCCAAACAAGGUUUAACAUGAAGACUUCAUGGCAAAUCAACUCUCUGUCAUGCCUGGGCUGGAGUUUCCUGCGGAAAGAUGAUAUUAUGUUCGGAAAAGUUACUGGUUAUUCUGCCUGGAGCUGCUGCUUUGAUUUGAUUGCAAAGCAUGGAGUUAUUUCGAGUACUCAAUUUGUGUGCUGGAAUGUUUUCUUUGUAAAACUUGCAGUGUGCAAAUUGUACGUCUCUAUUUGCAGUUGCGACAUUUGAAGCUGUGUCUUGCCACUGUUGGUGUAAGUAAUAAAAGACGGGGGAACUCUUGAAUGCUA